CGCAAUUCGGAUUGUUGAUUAAUUUUGUAGAACAUCAGCUCUGACAGUAGCGCAGCUACAAAUCCCAGAUUUAUAUUAAUAAGCUUGUUCUAAUAAGUUAUUGUUUCUGUAGUAACAGCUCAUUUAUAGAUACGAUACGAUUCAUUGAUAUGAUGAAGUUUUCUGUUAGGACAUGUUUAUUUAACAUUUAUGGAAGGAGUCUCCAGUGUCAGGGCCUUUGUAACAGUCAGAAGUAAAGCUGUAAUUUGACGUUUUUCGACAUUUUCAGGACACAAGAGUUUACACUUUGCAGUUUCUUAGUAACAUGACAACUUCAAGAGAAAAGAAAAAGAUGCUGGUGCCUCAGCAACGCGGUCCCCUCUCAGCCAAUCACAUGUCCGUGCUGCGCUCUGCCUAAUGAAUAUUCAUGAGUGUUUCGCUAACCCGGAAGAAGCUGUCUCUCUCUCUCCUGUUGUGCUACGUCAUCCGUAAUGGCCGCUUCCUGAUGACGCCUGCUGUGCCAGUAUUGGAGAGUUUAGCCCACUAAAAUGGUGCUGACAGAAAAUAACAACUUUAUUUUUCGGCUAAAGGGUGUUUUGGAGUUUUCCUGCCUGUUUGACAGCUCCAAUGAAGCCCUUGGACAGAGCUCCAUCUCUAAAGCCUUCCAGGUUCUCUGCUCCAGAAUAUCAUCGGAGAGUCUGGUGUUUAUGGUGUGUAACAGCCCCAUCCUGCUGUGGCCUAACAAGGCUUUCCACUCCUCAUUGGAGAGUGUGAGUGAGGAAACACUGUGCAGAGACGUCCAGCAGCACAUCGAGCUGGAAGAUGGGCCCAAUAGGAAGUCCUCAAAAAGAAGGGAUAAAAAAGAUGCCAGUCCUAUCAUGGUGAACCUGAAGCUGUUGAUGGAGGUCACGGAGUCAGGAAACGCCGGUGCUCUGAGUCUGUGUAGUGUAACGAAGAAGCAGCGGUGUGUGAUGAUGCCUCUCAGCAUGGACUGUGUGAUCAAUGCUGGUGGCCAUGACACUCUCGGCUCUGUGUGUUCAGGCUUGGUGGAGGCGCUGCACGCUCAGCUCUCUGACAUGGAGCAAACGGUGCUCAAAUACAGGAAGGACAAAACUCUGCCUGUACCUCAGCCUUUUCACUUUCAGCUGCCCGCGUCUGACCACCUGGUCACUGUUAUUUAUCCUGCUGGAGUAACGGACGAUCAGCUGCUGCCUGUCAGAGAGGAGCUGCACAGGAAGCACGACUUGCCCAUUAACCGGCCGUAUUUCCGGCGUGCCAACACCUUCCACUUCCCAGGCGAGCCGUAUAAAGAUGGCUACCUGCGCAAUCCACACACCCACCUCACCGCUCCCAGUAUAGAGGAUGCCAAGCUGUACGUGGUGCGUGGAGUGUACAGUUAUCAUCACUACAUGCAGGACCGGGUGGAUGAUAACGGGUGGGGCUGUGCGUACCGCUCACUGCAGACCAUCUGCUCCUGGUUCCAGCAGCAGGGCUACACCGAGAGAACCGUUCCCACACACAAGCAGAUACAACAGGCUCUGGUGGACGUGGGCGAUAAGGAACCUUCCUUUGUGGGUUCUCGUCAGUGGAUCGGCUCCAUCGAGGUGCAGGCUGUGCUCAACCAGCUGCUGGGAGUCAACUCGAAGAUUCUUUUUGUCAGUCGUGGGUCUGAACUGGCCUCCAAAGGCCGAGAGCUGGCCAAUCACUUCCAGACUGAGGGCACACCCAUCAUGAUCGGAGGGGGCGUCCUGGCGCACACCAUCCUUGGCGUGGCCUGGAGCGAAACCAGCGGGCAGAUCCGCUUCCUCAUCCUGGACCCACACUACACAGGAGGGGAGGACCUACAGACCAUCACUGAUAAGGGCUGGUGUGGAUGGAAAGGACCUGAAUUCUGGGAUCAGAAUGCCUACUACAACCUUUGCCUUCCCCAAACACCGAAAAUCAUCUGAGAGUCCGAGCCACAAAACCGACACACAACGUUAAUCUGACAAGGACAAUUUUAUUCCAGAGACAUAAAAACACAAAAAACCACAGCAGAUGCCAUUCCUCCAUUUUGUAAAUGAUUGUUUUUAUUUUCAGCCAGUGUUGUCUUGCUACACAAUGUCUUGCUGCUCCUCCAGGCUACCUUAAACUGAACCAGAACGCUCAGAAGUCAGUGCUGAAACAUGCCGUUGUUGACUUCUUCUCAAGAAUCCGUGGUAAUAAAUUGAUUUAUUGAGCAA